AUGACGAUGAAAAAUCAAACCACGGUGACCGAAUUUAUCCUCCUGGGACUUUCCAGUGACCCACAGAUGCAGAUUUUCCUCUUCUUGGUGUUCUUAGUUAUUUACCUAAUCACUCUGGGUGGUAACAUAGUGAUCAUGGUGGUGAUAAGAGCUGAUUCUCACCUUCAUACCCCUAUGUACUUCUUCCUCUUCCAUUUAUCUUUUGUUGAUAUCUGCUAUUCCUCAGUCACGGUGCCUAAUAUGCUGAUGAACUUCCUAGCAGAGCGCAAAACUAUUUCUGUCAAUGGCUGCAUUGCCCAGAUGUUCCUUUUUAUCCUCUUGGCUGGUGCUGAAAUUUUCAUUCUCUCAGCCAUGGCUUAUGACCGCUAUGCUGCCAUCUGUGACCCAUUGCGUUACGUGGAGACAAUGAGGAAAGGGAUCUGUGUUCAGCUGGUUAGUGGUGCGUGGACAAUGGGCUUCUUCUAUGCCCUUCUUAAUACAAUUUUUGCCCUCAAGUUGCAUUUCUGUGGGCCCAAUCAAAUCAGCCAUUUCAGCUGUGAGCUCCCUCCUCUGUUACAACUGUCCUGCACCGACACCCUCACCAAUCAAGUGGUGCUACUUAUUUCUGCUUUGGUAUUUGGUUUGAGCUCCUUCCUCCUCACGCUAAUCUCCUACAUUCACAUCAUCUCCACCAUCCUGAGGAUA